AUGAUCACGAUGACAGACCAAGGCCUCAACGAUAAGCUCAACUGGCUUCUAGCACUAUUGGAAGCCCAACUUGAGCUCACCAGGCAAGGCCAACGAGAAGAGCGACUUCGCUGUGCUCACCUAAGCAGAGAAGAGACGAUUGAGUUCUUGCAAUCAGAAGAUCAAGCAGGAGGAGAUGAAUCCAUGCUAGGAGACCCUCAGACUCCUACACCAGCAUCACGACCAAGACGAUUGGUCUCGUUUGCUGCUGUAGAUGAGCAAGACGAUGUUAAUUACAAAAAGUAUGCAUCGCCCACUGGGCCAAGGUACUACAAACCCAGGGAGGAUCCAUAUAGUAGGACUAGGACGGAACCUUAUGCCCCAUACUCGGAGGAGGAUACUAGUGUAUUGGCAGACCUCUCUCGAUCAAAGCCAAUCACCACACCCUUUCCUAAGUUUAACCCGCAAGAUGUGGAGAUAUUCAUUCUCGAAGCCGAAGCCUGGUUUAAGUUUAACCAGGUAUAUGAGCAAACAAGAAUGAUCAACCACAUGGGCUCUCAAUUGGAAGCGAAUGCAUGGGAGUGGUGGACCUCCAAGCUCCGAAUUGACAGGGCAUGGGAAGGAAGGUUAUUCAAUGACUGGCACUACUUUACAGAGCAGCUGUUGGAACAAUUCAAUCCCCAGAAUGCUAGAAUGGAAGCCUACAACAAGCUGCUGGCUCUCAAACUCACUAGCAAUGCACCCAGUGCCACCACACGCCAUGUGGAACAUUUCAGAGACCUGGAAGGACAAGUCAAUCUGGAUGAUAACAAACUCAUCAUUGACUUGUUCAGAGGCAGUCUCACAUGUAGUCUGCAAGAAAAGUUUGAGCAUAACCCACCUGCAAAGAGGUGGGGAUGGUACCGAGAGGUUGAAGAUAUUGACCGACAGAGGAUGCUGCUACAGCAGUCCUCUGCUAGGCAUCCAAGCGCUGCCCCUCCAUGA